UUUCAUUGGUUUCGUCCAAACUUGCUUUAGUUCUUCCAGACCGAUGGGGUUUAUUCGAGAGCUUGUAUUCAUAGUGUGUUCACAGAUGGCCUGCCGGACAAGUUUUCAAUGAAUAUUCUGGGUCUUUACAGUAAAAUGCCCAAAUUUACGGCAAUUAUGGAUAUAAUUCGUUUGUUAUGGAUAAUACGGAUUGUGUGGGCAGUUGAAGAUGUGUUGAUGGACUCCACGACGGCAACGGCAGAGCUGGGCUGGACGAUAUAUCCAUCAUUGGGGUGGGAAGAGGUGAGUGGCUACGACGAGAACAUGAACACCAUCCGCACCUACCAAGUGUGCAAUGUCUUCGACGCCAGCCAGAACAACUGGGUGCGCACCAAAUACAUCCGGCGGCAGGGUGCCCAGCGGAUCCACGUGGAGAUGAAGUUCUCCGUGCGAGACUGCAGCAGCAUCCCGAAAGUCCCUGGCUCUUGCAAGGAGACUUUUAAUCUGUAUUACUUCGAAUCAGACUCUGAUGUAGCCACCAAGGUGUAUCCCGCCUGGAUGGAGAACCCUUGGGUCAAGGUGGACACCAUUGCGGCCGAUGAGAGUUUCUCCCAGGUGGACCUGGGCGUCGGUAUGAUGAAGAUCAACACGGAAGUACGCAGCUUUGGGCCGGUGUCCCGUAAUGGCUUCUACUUGGCCUUUCAGGAUUACGGAGCCUGCAUGUCACUUAUCGCUGUAAAGGUUUUCUAUCGCAAAUGCCCCAGAAUUAUUCGGAAUGGGGCCAUCUUUCAGGAGACCUUGUCAGGGGCGGAGAGCACCUCUCUCGUGUCCGCCCGAGGCACUUGUGUACCUAAUGGAGAGGAAGUGGAUGUACCCAUUAAACUGUACUGCAAUGGAGAUGGGGAGUGGCUGGUACCUAUCGGGCGUUGCGUGUGCAAGGCCGGGUACGAGUCUGUGCACAACGAGACUGUGUGUAAAGCCUGUCCAUCUGGGUCCUUUAAAGCCUCUCAAGGGGACCAGCAAUGUCUCCAGUGUCCCAUCAACAGCCGCACCACCAACGAGGGUGCCACCAAUUGUAUCUGCCGCAGUGGAUACUACCGUACCGACUCUGACCCUCUACAGAUGCCAUGCACCACGGUUCCGUCUGCGCCCCAUAGAGUGAUUUCUAGCGUGAACGAGACCUCCCUGCGGCUGGAGUGGGAUCCGCCGAAGGAGAGCGGAGGUCGACAGGAUGUGGUCUACAACAUCAUCUGCAAGAGCUGUGGUUCGGGUCGAGGGUCAUGCACUCGCUGCGGUGACAACGUGCAGUUCGUGCCUCGCCAACUGGGCCUGACCGAUUCAUGGGUCCAUAUCAGUGACCUGCUGGCCCACACGCAGUACACUUUUGAGAUCCAGGCUGUGAAUGGAGUGUCUGACCAGAGUCCCUACUCGCCUCAGUUCACCGCUGUCAACAUCACCACAAACCAGGCUGCUCCAUCUGCUGUGUCAAUUAUGCAUCAGGUCAACCGAGCUGUGGACAGUAUCACAUUGUCCUGGUCCCAGCCAGACCAGCCCAAUGGGGUCAUUCUGGACUAUGAGCUGCAAUAUUAUGAGAAGUAUACGGCUGAGUCGAACUCCUCUCUGCUGCGGAGUCAGACUAAUACAGCAGUUAUCCGUGGCCUGAAGCAGGGGACCAUCUACGUGUUCCAGGUACGGGCCCGAACAGUGGCGGGCUUUGGACGGUUCAGUGGGAAGAUGUUCUUCCAAACAAUGACUGAAGACGAGUAUAACUCCAGCCUGCAGGAGAAACUGCCUCUCAUUAUCGGCUCUGCUGCGGCUGGUGUUGUUUUUCUCAUCGCGGUGGUUGUGCUCAUUAUCGUCUGUAAUCGGAGAGGCAGUGACAGGACAGAGUCUGAAUACACUGACAAGAUUCAGCAUUACACCAGCGGCCACAUGUCUCCAGGAAUGAAGAUCUACAUUGAUCCUUUCACAUAUGAGGAUCCCAAUGAGGCAGUGCGCGAGUUUGCCAAAGAAAUAGACGUGACCUGUGUGAAAAUCGAGCAAGUCAUUGGUGCAGGUGAGUUUGGAGAGGUAUGUAGCGGUAAUCUCAGGCUUCCUGGGAAGAGGGAGAUUUUGGUGGCCAUCAAGACUCUGAAAUCAGGCUACACCGAGAAGCAGCGGCGGGACUUCCUGAGCGAAGCCAGCAUCAUGGGGCAGUUUGACCAUCCCAACAUCAUCCACCUGGAGGGAGUGGUGACCAAGAGCACUCCAGUAAUGAUCAUUACUGAAUUCAUGGAGAACGGAUCACUGGACUCCUUCCUUCGGCAAAAUGAUGGCCAGUUCACUGUCAUUCAGUUGGUCGGCAUGUUGCGUGGCAUUGCAGCUGGCAUGAAAUACCUCUGUGACAUGAACUACGUACAUCGCGAUCUGGCUGCCCGCAACAUACUGGUUAACAGCAAUCUAGUCUGCAAAGUAUCUGACUUUGGGCUUUCUCGCUUUCUGGAAGAUGACACGUCAGAUCCUACAUACACAAGUGCCCUGGGAGGGAAAAUUCCAAUACGAUGGACUGCUCCCGAGGCCAUUCAAUACAGGAAGUUUACAUCCUCGAGUGAUGUGUGGAGCUAUGGGAUUGUAAUGUGGGAGGUCAUGUCCUAUGGAGAGCGACCGUACUGGGACAUGAGCAAUCAAGAUGUAAUAAAUGCAAUCGAGCAGGAUUAUAGGUUACCUCCUCCGAUGGACUGUCCAAAUGCACUGCACCAACUAAUGUUGGACUGCUGGCAAAAGGACAGAAACAACCGUCCGAAAUUCAGUCAGAUUGUUAACACUCUGGAUAAGAUGAUUCGUAAUCCUGGCAGCCUGAAGGCUACCACCCCUCUCUCUUCAGGCGUACAUUUACCUCUGCUGGACCGCAGCACACCAGACUUCUCCAGCUUCAGCACAGUAGAUGAAUGGCUGGACGCCAUUAAAAUGGGCCAGUACAAGGAGAACUUUGCAAAUGAAGACCUAACUACCUUUGAAGCGGUGUCUCAAAUGACUAUGGAAGAUAUUCUGAAGGUGGGAGUCAUACUAGCCGGCCACCAGAAGAAGAUUCUCAACAGUGUGCAGAUGAUGCGUGCCCAAAUGAACCAGAUACAGUCAGUGGAGGUUUGAUUCUUAGGAUUGAAGGACGGGACCAGCCUGUGCAGACCAGACCCCUGUGGACCUCCUCACAGAAAGAUGCCC